CAGCAAGAGGGGGGUGGUGUGUAUGAGUUUCCUGUAGCCCCUCCUCUUCAGUUCCAGCCAGGUGAUAUCCUGGGAAUCAUCCAGCCUUCUGGGGGUGACAGUAGACUACAAAUCAGUUACGAUGAUGGGGGUCACUCUCCCAAUUAUGCUACCGUUUCGGAUGACAACAAUGAGUUCUUUAAUGUCCAGGGAGAAGCUGUUACAACACUGAUUAACAUACCUCUUGUGACAGUUAAGAUUGUUGAGCAUACAACGUGUUGUGGGAGCACAGGAAACUUCCAAACUUUUCCACCUCAAACA